GCAUUUGGGUGCACAACAGCAACGCCCCAAGCAACAACAACAACAGCGCGAGCAACAAGAGAAACAUCAAAGGCGUUUCACGUUCAGUAAAGGACGGCAAUGUCGUCCCUACAGCGUGACUGGCAUUUACAGGGUUCCCGGGGAUCGGUUUACUGCGCGAGUGAACCGGACCCAGCUGGUGGAGUCCAGUACGAGUCGGGAGGGCGCCUUCUCGACACGAAUCCGGCCGAGGGCUCCGGCGGAGGGGGUUGCGUGGUCGGGUCAGCCGGCGGAGUGGGUCUCGAGUGCGGGUCCCUGUUCUCGGUGGUAUCGGCACCACCGGCCCCACUGCCCGACAUCGUUGUGCCCACCGAGCUGGGCUCCAAGCACCUGGAGUCACUGGGCCUGCCCGCCGCCUUCCGCUCCGGAUGCAGCUCACCGAACGCCUCGCCAAUGCGACGACCCGCCACCCUCAGCCUGGACACGCAAUGCUGCCCGAGGACCCUGCACGCCAGCCUGCUGGAGCACCACAUCUCCGAGCUGGAGGAGGACGACAACGAGAACCUGCUGACCGUGUCCAGCAUCACGGCGCGUCCGCUGAUCGCCAAAUCGCACGAGCUUCGCAGCAGCCGGAAGUCUGGUUCCGGUUCGGGAUCCGGUUUGAAUACGGCCCGGAGCAGGUGCGUCCGCAGGGCCAAGGAGCGGGAGCGGGACAAAAUGGUCGUUCCCAAGCGGAGCAGGCAGGUGGCUAAGGACCGGGACUCGUCGACCACGACGACAGAGAGCGGUGGUGGCAAUGUGGAGCCACCGGACGGCGGCUACGGCUGGUUUAUCGUCUUCGGGGCCUUCUCCGUGCAAUUCUGGGUGGCCGGACUGGUCAAGUCGUACGGCGUGCUGUACGUGGAGAUCAUGGAGACGUUUCCCAGCUCCACGGCCACGGUGGCCUCCUGGAUUCCUGCGAUCCUUUCGGCUCUUUGCCUGGUCCUGGCCCCUCUGUCGAGUGCCCUGUGCCAGCGCUUCUCCUGCCGGGCGGUCGUCUUCGUCGGCGGCAUCUUCUGCGCCAUGGGCAUGAUCCUCAGCUACUUUGCCACCAGUCUGGUGCACCUGCUCUUCACCUUCGGCAUACUAACAGGAAUUGGUGGAGGACUCUCCACAACGCCGGGCAUCGUGAUAGUGUCCCAGUACUUCGAUAAGCACCGUGCGCUGGCCAAUGGAAUCUGCGUGUCGGGCACCGCAGCCGGCAGCUUCAUCCUGCCCGUGCUGAUAAAGCACCUGGCGGAGAACUGUGGCUUCCACGGCACCAUUCUCAUCCUGGGCGGCUGCAUGCUGCACGUGUGCGUCUCGGCCACCCUGUACCGGCCGAUCAGUGCCUACACGGAUCAGGAUUCGGGGCAGGGGCAGGAGGAGACGGCGAAGCCGCUCAACGAGGACAUCAAUCCGAGCACCACGGGCAUCCUGACCACCUCCACCUACCUGGACACCUGCGAGGUGGGUGCCGGCCACGAGCUGAGCGACAAGUUCAUCGAGCACCUGUUCCUGGAGGAGUCGAAGAACCACCUUAACUACUAUGCCAGCAAGCAGCCAGCCCAGGACAAAUCCGCUCAGGAGAGCGACGACGAGGUGAAGGACAUUAUUGGCGAGACCACCUUCAUCAAGCCCAUGAAGAAGGUGCGCAGCUCCGGACUGCUGCACUCCGUGGAGGAUCUCAGCACGGAUUCCACUUGGGUGUACCGCAAGCACUCCGGAACGGACUCGAAUCGGGGAAGUCGCCGUCGUCGCAAUGUCUUCUCCAACGACGAGGUGAUCUCGAAGAUCCAGGCCCAUUUGGAGAAGCCCCUCUCGCCGCCCAGUGUGGUCAGUCGUGGGUUGAGUAAGAGCAUGGAGAUACCCACCCCGGUGAGCAACCUCAGCGAUCUCAAGCAGCAGCCGUCGGAGCAGGCGGAGCACGGCAUCCUCGACUCCCAGCUGGUGGAGUCCAUCGAUGGCGAUUGCCACGGAGCCGCCGACGAGGAUGACGAGGACGACGAGGAGCAGGGACCACGCACUUGCUGCGAGCGCAUCGAGAUGUACCUGGACAUUAGUCUGCUGCAGGACCCGAGCUUCAUCCUGAUGUGCCUCUCCGUCACCCUGAUGUCCGUCGGCUGUCCUUACAUGCUGUACUACCUGCCCGCCCACGUUAUAUCGAUAGGUUACAACAAAAGCGAGGCGGGAUACCUGGUGGCGGUCAGCGCGGUUUUGGAUCUAAUUGGGCGCCUGGGCCUCGGCUGGCUGAGUGACCUGCAGCUGUUCGAUCGCAAGAAGACCUACACCUUGUGCAUUUUGGGCGCCGGAUGUGCCGUGCUCACGAUUCCCUUCGCCAAGACCCUGGUUCUGGUGGGUCUGUCGGCUGCUGUCUACGGAUUGUGCCUGGGCAGCUGGUAUGUCCUGAUGCCCGUGCUCCUGGCCGACCUGUUCGGGACGGACAGGAUCAGCUCGAGCUAUGGGCUGGUGAGGAUGUUCCAGAGCAUCGGAGCCAUCUCGGUGCCCCCGCUGGCGGGACUGAUGCGGGAUCUCUCCGGGGACUACGAAAUCUGUUUUUACUGCAUGGGAUCCUGCAUGGUGCUCGGCUGCACUCCGAUGGUCGUGUGGUCUGUCCUGGAGGCUCGCAACCACCGGCUGUUUGUCCAGCGCGAGGAGGAGGACUGCGAGGAGGCCUAGGAAUAGGUGGUUACUAAUUAGCUGGUUGCCCCCAUAAGUUAAUCGUGUUUUAGUAGCGAUCAAAUACUAGUUGAGUUCCUGAGUUUCAGAGUUCGAAUGCCUCACCGAUAUUGCUGAUUCUACCAGUUACUAUUAAUACUAUCCGAAAGUUCUCAUCCCUAUCUUAACCAAUCCAUGCCCACUCGCAUCCAAUCGCUUGUUAUCCCUCGGUUGAGCAACAGCAAAAGGAUGUGUGAGAUGAUAUUCAAACGAAGAAACCAAACAACCAACAAACAACUGAGCACCAAAAGUUGCGCAAAAAGAACUGAGUUAAAAAGACAUGAACUACAAAUACCCGUAUAAAACUUUAUAAUAUGAUAGUUACGAUCCAUGCCCGAUUAGAUGUUAUAUAGGCCGACUAUAGACUAGGUUCGCAUGCCCAUAUCAGAUUGGACUCAACGUGGCGCAGGAAAAGCAGAGAGGCUAUAGGCAGAUCGGAGGUUUGACUUCAGAGCAUCGCAUUAUCCUAGACUUAAACUAGUUGUUGUGAGACAUUUACCCAAACAGAGAAAUACCAA